AUGGUCAGCAACGACCAAAUCUCCAAUGAUGGAGACUUCACCCCAAAAGAGUUAAACGCUCAAAAGGAGGGCUUGAGAGAAUGGUUUGAAGAAUACAUGUCAACAGACGCCAAUCUUCUUUCUUCAAAUCAUCAUCUACUUCAGGCUGUAGCAUCUGAUAAGCUGGACAAGGAUUUAUUUGAACGGCGCGUAUUGGAUUUAAAAAUCACUCCCAUUCUCGGAAGAUUUUGUAUCAAAUGUCAAGAACUUUUUGAUGAUUGGCCAACUUUGGGCGAUUCUUCAACUAGGGAACACGAUUCAGAGCCUGGCUCAGAAGGUGGCUGGGAGCACACUGCUGUGAGGCCAUGUAGCUUGUUCGAAUUAGAAGCAUCAACACGGGCUGGAUGCAAAUUUUGCGCGUUUUUGAUUCAACGCCUCAAGGAUAGGGAGCUAGUUGAACUCUUUCGCAAAAUUGAGAAUCGCGUGUUGCUCUUGGGUGGAAGUUCAAUGUCGUUUUUAUCCAUUCAGAACUGGUGUACAAACCCAAAACAACUGCUGUGGCUCAAUCUACCGGGGAAGGUCUGCAAUAAUUGUAACAAGGGGAUAGCGUUUGGGCAGGCAAUUCUGUCCUCAUUCCUCCCCGUGUCAGUUGAUUGUUAUGACCAAUUGCCAAAUGUAAUCAGCACAGCGAACAAUUGGCUAUCGCGUUGUAUCCAAAAGCAUGAAGGCUGCAAAAGCAAUAACGAUGGGAUUCUGCCAACGCGGCUUAUAUUUAUCGCUGGAGAAUCGCCACGACUUGUCUUCACGGCCGACUAUCAAGAGAGAUUGCGAUAUGCAGCUCUAUCUCAUUGCUGGGGUUCUCAUAGGGCCAUCGUGCUUACCUCCGAAAACGUCGGCCAGUUAAUGAGGGAAAUAUCACGGGAGGUUCUUCCAAAGACUUUCAAGGACGCAAUCAAUAUUACAAAGAAACUCGGCAUUGAUUACUUGUGGAUUGACUCUUUGUGCAUCAUACAGAAUGAUGAUAGCGACUGGCAAAAAGAAUCUGCGCUAAUGAGCUCAAUUUAUGGAGGUUCUGUCAUCACAAUAGCUGCCUCGUCAGCUCGUGAUAGCACCGAAGGUUGCUUUCUUAAACCGUCAAACUUUAGUGGCGGUCUUCGAGUACGAAUUACUGAUGGUGGACGGGAAAGAGUACAAGACUUUCAAUGCGAAGAAGAAUACGAAAGAUCGACCUUGAGAGCCCAUCUUGGAACAAUAGCAUGGGCUCUGCAAGAGAAAGUGUUGUCGCCACGAACCAUUCACUUUGGUGAUCGUGGCGCUUUUUGGGAAUGCAGGUCUUCAAUUGCGUCAGAGUUCUUUCCCGAAGAAUUUCCCAACUUUUUCGUUAAACCACUUCUCUGUGACCCAAGGAAGUUCAAGUGGCCUCAAAUUGCCAAAUUUUAUUCGGCAACGAAUCUAACAUAUGGGAAAGACAGAUUACCAGCACUUUCUGGGAUUGCGAAAUCGGAAUUCGACAAGAAUGGCGAUCAGUAUUUGGCCGGGAUGUGGAGGAAAAAUAUCGAAGAGCAGCUUUGCUGGGGUCUAGCGGGAUGUAACGCCUUGGAGCGACCACUCUGGCGAGCCCCUUCUUGGUCUUGGACUUCCAUUGAUGGGCCGGUAGGAUGGCCUCAAUUACACGGUGAUGAGCUCGAUACUAGAUAUGCGCAUGUUGUGGAUGCCGGUACGACUCCUUACGGCCACAAUCCUUUCGGACAGGUUAUUGAUGGAUUCAUCCGACUUGCUUGCUCUACUAUGGCAGUUGGCCAUAUUGUUUACACGGAGGCUUUAGAUGAGGCAAAAUAUGAAGAUGCCACCGCAGUUUUAUUAGAUGUUAGUGGCCAAAAGAGGAAGUUUCCAAUCUAUUUAGACUGUCUAGAUGAUGUUGAUCAAAACUAUGCUGGACCUGUACAUUUGGUACCAGUAGUUGCAGGCAAAAACGGUUUCAAAUUUGGCAGUAAAUGCGAAUUCAUCGAUCAAUUGCACAUUUACGGUAUUGUUCUUCGAAAUACAAAUUCCGUGACGGGAACAUACACAAGGAUUGGAUAUUUUUGGGUUCCCAAUAAUAUUGCAGAUUGGGGUGAUGAGUUCAGCGAGCGAUUAUUACAGGUUCUAGAGGAACAAGGUCUGGCAACUGCUGAGGCAGCAUGUUCCGAGAUUCUAUCAGAUGCCGAGCCUCCCGAUCAACGGUAUCUUAUCACUAUUUUAUGA